AUGAACAAACAAAAAACUUUAGAAGUACAACUCAAAAAAAAUAGAGGAGAAAAUAAAAAUCAAUCUUAUUCAAGAAAAUGUCACAAAAGAGAUCAAUUUACUGAAAAGAAAAAACUUACUUUGAAUAAAAUAAAUCCAAAUAAAAUUUAUUUUGAUCUAGAUCAUGCUUCUAAUUCAAAGAGAUAAAUUGUCAAUUAAGUUAAAAUAAAAAAUGAAAAUAGAUCUGAAAUUGAGGUAUCUUUUAUUAAUGAUAGUAGAUUGGAAUAAAUAUUCAGCCAUAUGUUUCCCGACUUUUUAUAAUAAUUAGCUUAAUAUUAUUCAUUCUAUAUUUAUACAGCUUAUACUGA